ACCACAAUACGUGAAAUAGCGCGGUGGGCAGUCCACGGAAGGUCAUCACAGCCACGUUGUGAGACGUUAGGCCGUGAAUUUCAACCAACACAUGAGCUAGCUCAUACCAUGCAUACAAGUUUGAUAGAAAAUAUCAGUGCACGACAGUCGCCGGCUCGAGAUCUCAAUAUACACUGCAAGGUUUGCCAAAAACGACGGCUCGCACCGCCGAGGACCCCGGCCCCGUCUAUUGACAUAGAGAUGAAUCCAGAACCGAUGUCCACGUGAAUGAGGUCAUGAGUUUCAAGGUUUCAGCACGUCCAUCGCAUUCGGAUCUUCCACGGGCAGCUGUCCGAGAAGAACCAUCCCCACUACGCUAUGCCAUGCCAUGCCGCGGGAAAUUUAGAUACAAGUUCCGUGGGACCUGGAACCUCAGUGGCGGUCGAGACUCGGCCGGCGGCUGAUGGCCCGCCCACAUUACGGGGCCGCCAGCCAGACGGCGCUAACCCCCAAUCGUAUUCCGAGGUUUGUAUACGGCAAGCUGGGCUUACGGUGCGCGCCCAGAGGGACUUCAUGGACGGAGAGGUGGGACAGAUGGGACAAUUCAUCGCCCCGAUUCGUACGCCAGGCCGAUCUCGCCGAGUGGACCAUGGUUCUCACCAUCAGCAUCAUCAUCGAUCUCGAAAUGGUCUCAAGCAGACAGCAGCGUAUAAAAGGGCUGGAAAUCCGACGCCCAUGAGCCCUCAUCUGGGGCACAUGCGCUCACGGCUUUUACCUACCUCACCAUACCAUACCACUCGAAAACCCCCAGAAACGCUCUUACGACUAGCCAUACAAUAUCCUCAAAUUUAGCACACCUUGAUCACAGCCGACAUAAGAAGCACUUACUUAAAAAAGGAUCUCGACUAUGGCGCCAUCAAACACAGCCGCCUGGCUAACCAAGGCAAAGAACCCCCUCGCCGUGUCCCCGGCACCAUACACCCCGCCCGGGCGAGACCAGAUCGUGAUCCGCACCCGCGCGGUGGGCGUCAACUUCUGCGACUGGGCCAAGCAGGACAUCGGCGGGAUGAUGUUCCCCUGGGCCAAGCUCCCCCACAUCAUGGGCGAGGACGUCGCGGGGGAGGUGGUCGAGGUGGGGCCCGGCGACAACAUCCCCUUCAGCGUCGGCGACCGGGUGCUGGGCCACUGCCUGGGGCUGGACAAGAUCAGCAGCGGGUCCAGCGAGGGCGCGUUCCAGGAGUACGUCGUGCUGCGGGCGGGGCUGGUGGCGAAGAUACCGGACUCGGUCGCGUUCGAGCGGGCCUGUGUGCUGCCGGUGUGCCUGAGCACCGCCGCGACGGGGCUGUUUUGUGACAAGCACCUGGGCCUGGAGCUGCCGUCCGUGGACAACCACGCCGCCGCCGCCGCCGCCGCGAGGGGAGGGGCCAAGCCCGGCAGGGUGCUCGUCGUCUGGGGCGCCAGCACCGCCGUCGGGAUGAACUGCGUGCAGCUGGCGGUCGGGGCCGGGUACAAGGUCGUUGCCACGGCGGGGAGGCACAACUUCGACUACGUCAGCUCGCUCGGGGCGUCGAGCGUCUUCGACUACCGAGACGCGGACUGCGCCCGAGACGUCAUCAGGGCGGCGCAGCAGGUCGGGUCGGGAUGUGCCGGGGCCGUUGCGAUCGGGGCGGGGUCGAUCGAGCCGUGUAUUGACAUUGUCGCGGCGUGCUGCAAGGGCACAGCAGACAAGGCGUAUGUCGCCCAGAUGAGCCUCAACGGGCCUCCCCCGCCGGGGCCGGGGGUGCUGAACCUGGUGGCCUGGCUGGCAAAGGCGGGCUAUGCGUGGUUCUCGACGCUGGUGAGGAAGAACCUCAAGGGUGUCAAGGUCGAAUUCGUCUGGGGAUCGGACCUGUACGACGGCCCUGUCGCCGAGGCGGUGUACGGGAGCUUCCUACCAGCGGCGCUCGCGCAGGGGAGCUUCGUGCCGGCCCCGGAGCCACUCGUUGUUGGACACGGGUUGGAUAAGGUGCAAGAGGCAUUCGAGGUGGGCAGGAAAGGCGUCUCGGCAAAGAAAUUGGUGGUGACUGUCUGAGGAGGUGGCCGAAACUAGACACAUGAUGGUGGUGCGGAAAAUGAGGACUUCACAGCGGGCAUGAAGCCCGAGAAGAGUGAAAGGCGGUCAUUCCAGAGGGUACAUUACCGGCAUAGAAUAAUUGUAAUAUGGUUGGCACCCACCAUGAGCGAGAGGCGAAGAGAGAUUGCCUCUGCCCAUGACAGCAGCCACAGACUACACUGGCCGUAUCCUCCCUCCCCUCCAGUGAUUUUGCACAAGCGAGGCAGUGGUGUCGCGACGGCGACUAUGGAUGCAAUGUCCUAUCUUCCAAGGCUCGGGCUGGUCUGCACAGCCUGCGAUAUUAGUCUCGACAGGUUGGAUGUCUUCCCAGCAGUCGAAUUCUAAACACUGUUCGACGUGUCGAGUGUGAUAUGCUCGUUAUGUUGCCACACAUGCGCUUCGAUCAAAUCGGCGUUCGUUCGGUCCAGCUCGGGCGGAGGUCCCGACUAGGAAUGGUGGAGCGGUUUCAAGGUGGGAUCUUGGUCGAGUGGAGUUUGAUCAAAGCAUCAGGGGACUCCGGGUCGAAUAAUCUGGUGUCGCUGCCAAAGAGACUGUCUUGUGUCAAUUUGGUCGAGUCAAGUCUGGCUGGAGGUCGAAGCUGC